GUCAAUCGACCGCGCGCGAACCACGUGCUCCUCCUCGUAGCGGGGCGCUCCUGGCAGGCGCCUCCGCAGUAAGAAAGCGCACAGCAGCGCGUCACAGAACGCGCGCUCCGCUCGUGUGCUGUGCAGCCGCGGUCCGGAGCCCCAGUCCCAGCAGCAGCGAGCGAAGCCGCGCCUCCGUCGCGCGCCUUGUGCUCUCCGUGUGUGUUUCGUGGGUGCGCGCGCGUCUGCCUCUUCACUGUUUUUCGUUUCUGCGGUGGAUAUACACGUGCCACGAGACGACGACGACGGUGCGUUAGCCGUCGCUGUAGCAGAGAAGGCAAUGCGCUUCCCGUGUGGCUUCUGCGCCGCGUUAUUGGUGGUGCUCGCACUGGCGGUCGCUGUCCUAUGCGAAAAAGACGGCGGGAGCCUCGUGCUUGCAGCCACGGUAGUGCCCGCUCAGGAUAAGCCCCGCAUCGGAGAGGCUGCCCAGACGAAACCCACGGAAAACGGAACAUCAGAGGGUGUGCCAACCACUACUCCUUGGAAGGACGUGGUACAGGCUCGGCAGACAGCUUCCGCAGAAAACUCUAGCAGGACUAGCGUUUCGAACGAAGAGACAGGAAGCACCCCUGCGACAUCAUCGAAUAAAGUGCCCUCCAUAGCUGCAAGCGAACGAACCGCUCUGAACUCUACGAGCAGCAACAACAGUCGUACGAGAAAUGGUGUCACUGUUGCCACCUCAACGACGUUGCCUCAGCAGGCGUCCACCCCUGCUGCCAUGGCUCAAAAUGCUGACCACAACCUCCCUACGGCCGCGUCCAAGAGUGAAGACGAUCCAACGCCUCAACCGACCGUCCACAAUUCUUCGUCUGACACCACUACUGCCGCCAUUCAGAGUGGCAUCGGUGUCCAGACGCAUAAGCCGGAAGACGUCCCUAGUCAAGACGCCGGGGACGCUGUAGUGACCGGGCGCAGCGAUUUAUCAACAACACAGAAAACGGUCGCCUCUACUGCCCAGUCUACCAUUUCCACGGCGGCACCGUCAUCUGUUCGACCAGAGACGGCAACAAUGCUAAUCAGGGCAGACGAAGUCACAUCGUCAAUACGAGUAUCGCCCACGCAGCACGGACCACACUCAGCCGUGACGGCGCCUCCCAACCCAAAGAAACCGCCCAUGCAGACUAAAACGACUUCGUCUUCUGUCACUCCUCAUCAAACAGCCGCAGCAAAGCAAGUAACACAAUCGCCACCUCGAGAAGUAGCCAAGAACACUUCGUCAUCCCUUUCUAAUGGCACAGCCCCUGCAGUCGCCGCGAUGACGAACAUAUCAGAAGGGGAAGAAGUAAGCAUUACCGUGAUACCGGAACAAGAGGAGCACGAUUCGAAAAACGAGUCCGCUUCUUCAGGAGAUGGGAAAGCCGUGACCGUGCGGCUCAAGGAAAUUCCUAUAAAAACUGAUGAUGUAGAAAGGUUAGCAUCAGUGAGCACGACUACGACAGUGCGAAACCGAAUUUUUUCAUAUGUGAACUACACGGAUGAGGAUGAUGCCGCUGAAAUAGCGCACGAAAAGUCAACGACUGAGAAGUCCAAUGAAACGGAAAAGCCAACGAAUCUGAAAACCAUAGAUUUUCACGAAUACUCAACACGGGAAACACACCAGUCUGUUCUCUCUCCGCUCCCGGCGGCGUCUCAAACGCUCCAACCAGAAGUUCCGCCCACUUUAGGUGAACAGGAGAAUGCCACACUGCACUCGAUUCCUGGACUUCCUGUGAACUUAUCUGGCCUGAACAGCUCUACUUCGGUCGUAGUAAGUGUCUCUUUCUCUGACGAUGACAACGAAGCGUUAAUGGCCACCAAAGACAAUGUAUCGCUGCUCAACCCCAUGCCAGAGCGCUCUCAGCCAUCAGACUUGCAGAACCUGGUUUCUAACCACAAUAUCAGCUCCCCGAAAAUUGGCGAAAAUUCCACUUCAGCGAAAAGCUCCAACGGUUCCGGCCAUAUUUCAGUUUUUCGUCCAAGCGCUCCUCAGCACCGUAAGUACAGUCCUCCGACUAGAAAGACCACGGCCGCACCAUCGGCGACAACGCCCAGCGUCGUCGCCGCAAAAAACCAUCACCUUGGUAGAGCGGGUCUUCACUUACCAACACGAAAAACCACUGCCGGUGCGCCGGGCUCUCCAACACACAAGCCUCACCUGGGUCGCAGCGGCACUCGUGCUCCAUUCGGAAACAUCGGUAGCACGCGCCGCACGACGCUGGGAACCAAGGCCACUAUCCGACCGCUGACCAAGAUCUUCGACCGCGCGCGCACGCGGCCGCACACAAAGGCAACCACGCCGCGUCCCAACCGGGGCCCUCGUAUUCGCAUCACGACCGGCAAGCCGACGCGUAAGGGCUUCCCCAUUGGACCCAAGCCGACGCUGGGCAAUGAGACAAACUUCGACCUGGACGCCUACACGCGCCUUCUGCACGUCACCCGACGUCCAUCGCGUCCUCCGGAGCCGACAUGGCGCACGACGUUCUUCAACCUGACCGAUCCGACGCCGGCGCCCAACGAAGUCGAGGCCCCUGUCAUACGCGUGGCUGGCAUUGCAAAGAUCAUCGAGGGCUGGGAGUGGUCGCCACUGCUCGGUGAACACAACACACAUGAGUUCCGCUACUUGGCCUACACUAUGCGGCGAAUGCUCGCAUCGAUUUUCCGCAGGACUCCUGAAGGAAGGUACCUGUACCGAGUAGAUAUCGAUGGAUUCAGUCCGGGCAGUGUCAUCGUGGACUACUUUGUCCUGUUCUACCAGCGAGGUGGGCCAGUGGACCCCAUUGAACUCGCCUCGGCAUUCAAUUCUCAGCUUGGCAUCAACGGAUCUCUAGGCGAAGAGUUCUACCUGGACCCGACCUAUACGCAGUUUGAAGUGGUUGGCGUGGUGCGGCCCAAGCCGCUUGCCUCAUCAUCUGCCGAGCCACCGGUGCCGCAGUGGGCCAUCGCCGUCAUUGUCAUCGCCACAGCGUCGCUAAUCUUCAUCGUUCUCUUCGGAGCUGUCACGAUAUACGGUCGCACGGCUGAACGGCGCAAGUACAACAGUCGGUUGCAAGAUGAUGACCUGGAGAACGUGACGCCAUCUCCUAGCAAGGACUGGGAGAGCAAGCUGGCCGCGUCGUACGAGAACUUCGCCGCCGACAGCGUGUACGACACCGAGGACCUGCACUCGCCUCCACCUUCUCACGACCCUUUCCAGUACGACAGUCGGUACAAGCGGAAGCAACACCAUACACAGCUUCAGCUCGACUACCAGCAGCGCCAGCUAAAGAAGGAACAAGAACAACAACAGAAACAACAAAAACAGUUGUAUCAGCAACAUUGGUGGCAGCAUCAAAAGCAGCACCAGCAGCCAGCACAAGAACACGAACGGGAACAGCAACAAAAGCAGUGGUAUCAACAACAUUGGUGGCAGCGUCACAAGCAGCACGAUCGGCGGGAAGCACAUGAACAGAAAAAGCAGCACAAGCAAUUACAACAUCAACAGCAACAACAACAAAAGCAGAGGCAUCAACAGCACUGGUGGCAGCGCUUACCAUCAACAUUGGAAAAGCAUUGGCAGCAGCAUCAAAAAGAGCAAAAGCAUGAAAAGCAGCAGAAGCUUCAAAAGCAGCAGCAGCAACAAUACAACCAUGAGCAGCAGCAACAGCAGCGAGUGCAGCAACAGCACAUAGAUAGUGAGCGAGACGAGCAACUCAGGCGGGAACUCGAGGAGAAGGCGGUCAUCGAGGCUAGUCUCAACGCUCAGGACACGUGGCGCAACAAGUGGGGCGUCCUGGUCAACAAGCUACCACUGCACGCACGCGACACCGCCUUCUGAGCAAACGUGUUCGUGCACAUUUGUAUAGGCUCACACAAUUCACUAGGUGGAGUGCUUCAGCCACAGCGUUUGCAAAACUCUGCGCCAUUUUCCCACGAACAGCUACUUGGGCGCUCGCAGGAAUAGGCAUUCCAUGUGAAGAAACAGGAAGAAAAGCACCAACAGAAGCUUAUCAUACUAGACAAACCGCUGCUCACGUAUGCCACCUUUAUUUCUCGAUCGAACAGAAUAUGUCAUUCUUUGAUUCAACUUAACAUUUUUUUUUCAUUGACAUUCAAACAAUGCACCUGUACAGAGUUCUGCAAGUGGUGUGGCUGAAGAGCUCCCCUCACCAUGCACCUUAGCCCUGUUUCUUGCAACACGCUUCAGGGAGCAGCUGAUUGUUCCUAUCCCGAGGCGGCGCCACCGUCACUCUCGUUGCCGGCCUUAUCCACUCACGAAUACUCAUGGGACCUCGUGCUGCCCUCUUAAGGUCCCGUCAGGAACACCCCGACACACUUUCGCAUUGAAACCGUCGUUUUUUUUCUUUUGUAGGCAUGAAAGAAAUAGAAAGGAGUGCAAUUGUGAAUAAAGUUAAAUAUUAUUGUGGGGUUUUUGCCUGAGGUAGCUAGUGGCAAUUACCUACUUACCAAUGCUUUCUUCUGUUUUAUCGUAUUCACUAAUAUUAUAGUUUGUUAUCUAGGUGGUAGCUGCUGAAACAGUAAAAAAGGACUUCUCUGUGUUGAAUGUAUUUUUACAACACUCGUAACAAUGAGAUUAAGGUUGGAAAUAUGUGUUUAAGUUUGCUGUCAGUGCUCCAAUCUAGUUAAUUUAUAUAUGUACUGUAUAUUUUCGUUUACCUGAGAAUGCUGCUUUAUUAUCAUUUUCUGCACGUUGAUCAACAAGCUGCAGCUAUAGCAAAAAAAUUCAUGUGCUACUUCUGGCAUAAAGCCCCACUUUCAGAGGA